GUUCUACCAUCUUAAUAAUGAAAAGCAACUUGUUCAGACAACUGUGACCUUUUAUCAAGAUUACUCCCUUUUUAUCCUCUCUGAAGAAAAAAGAAGGAAACUGAAACUGAUCAGACAGACAUCAGCUUGAAGACCGAAAAAAUGAAGUUAUUAACAUGGAUGCAUCGCAAGUUUAAACAAGGUAACAGCGAAACAUUGAAGGAAUGUCCCAUGGGCCAAUCGUUGCUUGAUGAUCCUCACUUUUAUCAAAAGCAAAUCCAAGGGAGAAAACGAAGAUCAUCAUUUACGAGUGUGGAGACAUCAAAGUUUGCAGAAUACGAAAGAAAAUCAUCAAUUGAUGAAUUUCCGGAGUACUUUGAAGGUUUUCUGGCAAUCGGGACUCUUGGAAUGAGAGAUUCAGUGAUCUCAGAGCCCGAGACACCAACGUUUGCAGUGUCAUUUGAGAAAUUAGCUGAAGGAGAAGCCGAAGUGACAGAAAAUGAAUUAGCACUCAUCAAUGAUGAGUUAGAGAGGGAGCUUGCUGCUGAAGCUAAGGAUGAUGGUUACACAGAUUCCUCAGGAAGAAACAGUCAUGUUAGCAAUGGAAGAAUCAGUCAUGCUAGUACCAUCACUCUAAGUGGCAAACCAUUGGAAAUUCCAGAAAGUACAGGAAAUAAUUUGAUGUACUGUCCACUACAAGAAUAUCUGUUGGGAUCAGCUGUCGAUUUGCCAGAGAAGGCAACAGCACCGAAAAAGGAAAACCGGACAUCACUGGGUGAGCUAUUUGAGAAGCACAAGGCAGAGGAAAGCUCAGAGGUCAAAUGCAAACGUGGGGAGAAGAGGGAAGAUAAAGAUGGUGAUAAAACUGCUUCCAUGAACCUCAUGAAAAAAAUACUGACAAAAAAGAAAAAUGCACUGCAUGCUGCUUCUAGGAACUCAACUCGUGGAACUGCUGAAUCUGCUUCAGCAGAGCCAAAACUGUGCAAGAUCCUGCAGAAAUUUCACAAGAAAGUGCAUCCAGAAUGCUUGAUAUCCACAGAAAAAUCCAACAAAAUGCAUAAUGCUGGGAUCAAGAACAUGGUACCCUGGGAUGCGGGCUAUUAUAAGGAUGAGCAUGCAUUUCGUGAUGAAAGCACCACAACUUUCUCUCAGAAACCAGGUCAAAGUGGCUAUAUGCUUUGCAGGAAGAGCAUUUCUAACCCAACUCAGUUCUCAGAGGAUGGGAGUGAUUCAAAUGGCAGCAGGGAAUGCUGGAUCAAAACUGAUGCAGAUUACCUUGUUUUGGAGCUGUAGAAAGCAGAUCCAAGAAUGCAGCUCUGGCGAUUCCAUCAUGAUGAACUACUAUACAUCUUUGUGUGUGUAAUGCUAUAUAUUCAUGGAUGAAUGUCCCUAGUAUAUAUUCGACAAGUAUGUUGAGUGGCUGAGCUUGAAGCUAGAUACAAUUAAUAGCAGCAACUCUGGCGCGAAACUAUGAAUCAUCUAUCAGUCUAUGUAAUAUUGCAGUUGUGUUACUUCCUAGUAAGUUGUUCUUUAUUAUGCUUGGAUAUAUAGUAAACUCUCCUCGUUUACACAAAUAAAAUAGUCGUUCUACUA